UGACAACUUUAACUGAGAGGUGGUCAUUGUGCACUAAAUACAUCCCUGUUAACUAAAAAUCGAUAUCAAAUGCGACGCCAUAUUUUUUCACAAAGUUCUUGAAUGGUGUAAUUUUUUCUGCCAGUAAAUCUAGUAAUUUUGUGGAAUAAAGUGUUGAAAAUAAUAUGAAAUUAUAAUAAAAUUCAAUAUAAGUGUAUAUCUUAGCAUAAUAAGUGAAAAGUGUGCAACCAAUUAAUUUAAUAACAUAAUUGCAUAAGAAAUUUGUCAUUCUGAACAACUGCCGGGUUGAAUGUAUCUAUAAAAGUAUACACAAAAGAAAAGAAUUGUGUUAAAAGGAACCGUUGAAAGGUUUUAUUGAUAAAAAAUUUGAAGUAAUAUAAAAAUGGAAGCACCCCCAGCAGGUAUGGUCGCGCCCUCAGGUCCACCAGCACCACGUGGUGGUGGUUAUCGCGGCAGAGGUGGACCAAUGCGUGGAAGCUUUGAACGCGGUCGCGGUAGAGGCAUGGGUAGGGGCCAUUAUAUGGGUCGGGGUGGUGGUAUGAUGGGAGGUGGUGGUCCCCCACCUCAAGGUAUGGGUCCGGGGGGACGUGGUAUGCGUGCGCCAAGAGGUUCAGGUUAUCAGGGACGUGGAAGUUAUAUGCCACGCGGAGGUGGACCACCAAUGCGCGGUGGACGCCCACCCAUAUAUGCUCAACCAAAGCAACAUACGGGUGCUGAAAACAAUAAAACAGUUUCACCUGUACCAACAGCAAGCUCAGUCACUCCAGCCCCAGCAGCUGAUGGCACAGUCCCAGAAUUGGCAGAAACGAACAAUGGUAGCGCUACAGCACCUGAAGUCAUUGCUGCAGCACCGGUGGCAGUUAGUUCUAAUGGUAGUGUAAGUAGUUUGCCAUCUCGAGGACCACCUCGUGGACGUGGUUCCUUCUCUCGGGGACGUGGCGGAUAUAAUUCCCACCUAAAUGGUGGUAUGCAUGGCAUGGGUCUUGGUGGAGAACAUGUUCAAAUGCCAAUGAGACGCGGAGGUCCACCACGUGGUCGCGGUGGCUAUGGUCAAUCAAUUUCGCGAGCUCCUAUGCACUCACAACCGCAUAGCGCUAAUACACAAAUUGCCCCAGUACCAUCAUUGAAACGUGGUGCACCAGGUGGUCCACCGGGACCAAAACGUGGUCGUUACGAGGGUGGUCCUUAUUCACAACGACCAAUGGUGCCAAAAUAUCACCAGCCAAUGCAACAUGCAGCUCCAAUGGCUCCACCAUCUAGUUAUGGUGCUCCACCUAGUCACCAUCAACAACAACAAAGCCAUCAUAGUUAUGCGACACAUGAUCAAUCCCAAGCAGUCGAUCCGUAUGCUCAAUCGUAUGCUGCGCCAGCAACACAAUCAUCUUAUAAUGGUUAUGGACAAAGUGGGUAUGCUACACAUGCACAAGCAGCACCACAGGCCAGUAGUGCUUACUCCACACAGGGUACCGAAUACGAUCAAAGCCAAUACCAAACCUAUAGUUCUAGUAGCUAUGGCACACAACAAGAUACGCGUUACCAGACGUACGGUCAAGAUUAUACCCAGCAGUAUGGUGCGCCAGCUGUUGAUUACAAUACAGCACCUCAAGCAGACUAUUCGCAGCAUGGACAGCAAGCUUAUGACGAGCGCGCUUACGCUGGAUAUGAUUCACAGUAUCAGCAAGGUUAUUCAAAUGCAGCUGGCUAUUAUUAAAAUAAAAAUCCAAAACUAUUUGACGAUGGAACACAAUUCAACGCUGUGCGUAAAAAACUUCCAAAUUAUACAUAUUUGCAGGAAGGAAUCGGUAACUGUUGCAAUUGUUGUGUGAAUAGAAUGUGAAAGUGAAAACAUGUAAGAGUUUAUGCCAAAUAUGAUGAGCAUAUAAAUUAACUUCAUUAUUUAACGUUUAGAUGUAAGUAAAAUUGAAACAAUUAAAAAUCUAUAUGUAUAUGGAUGAUUAUACUAUAGUGCGUUGAAAGAAACUGCUGAUGAAACAUACAAGAAUUAAAAGUUCUUAUUAAAGUGAAAAGCCACUAUAUACAUAUAUGUGCAUUAAGAUAUCAUAUGCAAUUUCCAGCAACAUAAUGUAUAAUCCAUUUGAUCUACUAGAUGUUUAGUGUUAAGAAAGAAAAGUAAUCAAAUUUUUAUUUUUUUUUUCAUAAAUUAUCAACAUAAUAAAAGCGAAUUUUGUCCCGUAACUCCUCCCUCCAUUAGCGUCCCAAUCAAUCAAACAAUCCUCUCACAACUCGGUUAAAAAAAAAAAGCAAAAAGUAAACGGACAAAAGAAGUAACUUGCUAUGCAAAUAACCAGAUAAUUCUCAUGAAUUAUUUUAGCUUAUAUUUAAGGCUAACUUUUGACCAUUAAUUUUCGAUAUACAUAUAUUUUAAAAUUUUGACUAGAAUACAAUUUAUUGAAUGACUAUGCAAUAAAUAACACAUGAAUUGCACCUAAACUCAUUAUUUUUAAUUAGCAGGAACGAAUAUUAUAUUAUUAUUAUUGUUUUUGUAAUACAGUGCAGGCAAACUAAGGAAGAAGCAAAUUUAUUUUAUCUAUUUUAAGCGACUUUCGGCGAAAGCGUGACCGAAUGUAUGAAACUAAUAGAUUAGUUGAUAAUUGUAGUGACCCCCAAAUUGCUAUAGGUAUUUAGUUUUAAGCUGAAAUUCAUAUUUUCGUGGCCGACAAAUUUAUGUUUUAUUUUUGUUUAAUGACUAAACAAUAUACAUACAUUUUGUAUAAAAACUUAAAAAUAUUAAAUUAAUUUUCCACACAUAAAAAAAGAAUUGAUAACACACUGUUAAACAAAAUAUGCAUAUGUGUAACACUAAAAACUUAUAUACUAUAUGAAAAAAAAUAUAAAGCAAGCACACUUCAAAACAUUAACGCAUUGUAGAACAUUUUAGCAAUUAUUUUACAUGAAAUUGGAUAUGGUGUAUGUUUAGAAAUGCUGCAAGUUAGAACUUCAAAUAUUAACUACGAAAAAACACAAAAAGUAUAUGCUUAAACUCAAUAAAAAGCUAGUAGUACCCAAA